AGAAGGGAGGAGAUGUUCAUCACCGAGGAUUGCAAAUAGGAUCUGUAGUUCUAAUUAGAAUAGUCUUUCAAACAACGGAGUUCUUUCAAAAUGCCGGUGGCCGAAAUUCGUAUUAAGCAGGAAAAGAUGACUAAAUCUGUUGCCCUUGAAGGAGGUUACAGCCAGGAGGCUAGAAAGGAGGUUGAACUUGAAUCUGCGAAGGCAGAGAUGGGGGAGGUGAGGGAAGAAAAUAAAAGAUUAAAGAGGAUGUUAGAGCAGAUCGAGAAGGAUUACAAGUCUCUCCAGCUUCGAUUCCUCGACGUCCUUCAAAAAGGAACUUCAAAUAGAUCAUCUACAGACUCGCUUCCUUCUCAUGAUCAGAAUGAUGAAUCUCCAGAAUCAGAACUUGUUUCUCUUUCUCUUGGAAGAAGAAGCAGUACUCCUACUGAACCCAAAAGGGAUGGAAGAACAAGCAAUUCCGCGUCCAGAAACACCAAAGAGGAUGAUCAUCAUCAGCUCAAGGCCAGCCCAACUCUUGGGUUGGACUCUAAAUUUCAGUUAUCAACUGAAGUUGUCUCGAACCCAAGCCCGGAGAACAGUGCGGAAGAAGGAAAAGAGGAGGAUGCAGGAGAAGCUUGGCCUCCUAGCAAGAUUCCAAAGACUACCAAAAAUGGGGAUGAAGAAGUUGCACAAGCUUCUCAUGUGAAGAGAGCUAGGGUUUCCGUGAGAGCUAGAUGUGAUGCACCUACGAUGAAUGAUGGAUGCCAAUGGAGGAAAUAUGGACAGAAAGUUGCAAAAGGAAAUCCAUGCCCGCGAGCUUACUAUCGUUGCACAAUUGCACCAGGGUGUCCUGUAAGAAAACAGGUGCAAAGAUGUGUUGAGGACAUGUCCAUUUUGAUCACAACUUAUGAAGGAACCCACAACCAUCCACUACCGGUUUCAGCCACCGCCAUGGCCUCCACCACCUCAGCUGCCGCUUCUAUGCUGUUGUCAGGCUCUUCAACAUCUCAACCUGGCCUCAGCUCCGCGGUCACCAUAACCACCUCUGCAAAUGGAUUGAACUUUAGUUCCUAUGACAGUACAAGAACAAAGCAAUUUUACUUGCCAAAUCCUUCAUCCUCAUCACAUUUCUUCCCCACAGUUACCCUAGACCUCACCUCUUCCCCUUCAUCUCUAUCAAAUUAUUUCAAUUGUUUCUCAUCAAAUUUCGAGUCAGGAUAUCCUUCAACGAAUCUCAACUUUUCUUCUUUAGAAUCCAACAACGUUAUGCCAAUAAUUUGGGGCAAUGGUUACAAUUCUAUUGGUACCCUGCCCUCCAAUCAGACUCAAACGGGGUCCACUUCCUUAAACCUUGGAAAAGAGUCUCAACAACAGGCUUCUGCUUCUCAACAAUCUUUGACAGAAACCUUAACCAAGGCACUAGCAUCUGACCCGAGUUUCCAAUCAGUGAUAGCUGCUGCAAUUUCAUCAAUGGUAGGAAGCAAUGCAGCAAAACAAGGAAGCCCAAGUGGGAUUUUGGAGAGUUUUGGGCAGAAUUUGGUGCAGAUGAAUGCUCAGAAUGCGUCCACACAGAAUGGGAAAGGAUGUGGUUCUAGCUACUUCAAUGGAUUGUCAUCUUCAAGUUCUCAAAAGGGAACUUCACCACAAUCUUCAUUGCCUUUUUCUAUCUUUAACAGUGCAUCUACUUUGGCUUCUGAAAGUAGGGAACAGAAAAGUUGAUACAUUCAUGAUAGAUAGAAGGGUAAACUCCUGACCCUUUGAAACGUUACAUAGAAUUUGCAAAUUAGGAAGACCACGGACGGUGAAAAUGUAAUCUUAUGCCUUUCAUGAACAGCCGAGUAUUUUGAUCUUGACAUCUUGUUGCAUAAAAGACACCAUGGGCU